AUGGAGAACGAAGCUGAAUCGAAUGGAGGAACUGCUCCAUUGAUCCGAGACGAAGUUGAUGGCGAAGGCAUUGAUAAUAAAAUAGACCAACGGAUGGAAGAAGUACUGAAUAAUGAGACUGAAAAUGGUAAUGAAGACCAACUUAUGGUAGCUUUAUCCAAUGAUGUUCCAGAGGAUGUGAAAAUGGAACUUAAUGGAGACCAUCAACAAGAACAGCCAGAACCGCUAGAACAGCAACAAAUAAUAGGCGAACAUCAUGUUGAACAACAGAUUGAGCAACAACUCCAAGGUGAUCAACAGCUUCAAGUUGAACAGAAUGCGGAGCACAAUGAGCAUCAAGAUGAACGUCAAUAUGAACGUCAAUAUGAACGUCAAGAUGAACAUCAAGAUGAGCAUCAAGAUGAGCAUCAAGAUGAGCAUCAAGAUGAGCAUCAAGAUGAGCAUCAAGAUGAGCAUCAAGAUGAGCAUCAAGAUGAGCAUCAAGAUGAACAUCAAGAUGAACAUCAAGAACAACCUCAUGUUGAGAUGCAGAAGGCUGAACAUCAAGUUGAACAAGUUGAAGUACACCCACAAAUGCACAAGGUUGAGGGUCAUCAACCAUUGGGUGACUCCUCGAAGAUUGAAAGAGUUGCAGCAUAUUUAAAUAUGAACACUACAUCAAUUGCCGAAAUUCCAAGACAACUCAUUGAUGUCAUUUACAACAAAUCAAUAGAAGCAGAUCUGUUACGUUCAGAUCUUCAAUUUGUUCAAUUAAACAUGGAGAAGAUCACCAAUGUUCAACACAAGAAAUUCAAGGAACUCCAAGACUCGUUGAAUGCUAAUAGUGAUAAAGUCCAGACACUACUUGAAGAGAACGAGACUCUUCUACAGGAGAAGAACGAAGCCCUAAAGGAAUUAUCUCGAUCCAAAGAUCAACAAUACCAACUACAAAACCAAUUAAAUGAUUUAGAACGGAAAGAUAUUCAAAGUAGCACUGAGUAUUCCCAAAUUAUGAGUAGCAAUCAAAAGGAAGUAUUGCAAUUGAAUGAAGCAGUUAACAAAUUAUCUAAGACAAAUAUUGACCAAAAUACCAAAAUUAAUCAACUUGUUAAGGAAUUAAACGAUAUCAGAAAUGUCAAUUUUGAUAACAAAUUAGCCUUGACAAAAGUAACCAAUGAAAGAAACUUUCUACAACAACAAAAUCUUUGGUUUGAAACGGAAUUGAACAAGAACCAAACCAAAUUAACUGAAAUAUUAAAGAAGAGUGAAUCUGAUUAUUUGAAUUCAACCAAUGAAAUCGUUUCAUUAAAGAACUCCAAUGAGACUUUAAGUAAGAGACUAAAAAAUGAAUCGGAACAAGUUAUAACUUUAAAGAAGUCUUUAGAAGAUAAAACCAAUAGUUUAACAAAACUUCAAGGAUCCUUUAGCGUGGAAACGUCCAAAUUUGAAACGGCUUUAGCAACUAGUGACGAAUUGGUUGAGUUAUCCAAGAUUCAAAUCUCCCAGAGACAAGAAAGAAUUGUCCAAUUGGAAACAUAUGUAGAAGAACUCAAGAAGAAAUUAUCUGAUACCAUUAACAACUUACAAACUGAAUUAAAGGAUAAAUCUAAUGAUAUUACACAGUUAAAAGAGAAGUUACGGUAUACUCAAGAUGCAUUGGAAUCAGAAUUACAUAAGGAAACCCAAUUACCUCAUUUAGAUUCCACUUCAGAUUUAUUAGUUAAUGAACUGGGGAUAAAUUUGGCUUCACUUUACACUGAUUAUAGUCAAUUGAAGAAGCAAUUGAUCCUUGAAAAGUCACAAAAGAAUAGUCUUCAACAGCAAUUGAGUCAAUUUGUUGAAGAAUUAGAAGCUAAAAAACCAACCAUUGCCAGUUACCAAAAGCAGAUUGCCUUUUAUAAGUCUUGCUACAAUGAUACUUUGAGCAAAGUAGAGAUUAUUAAUUUAGAGAAACUCGAACGAGAAAAGGAGUGUGGGAAGUUGAAGUUCACGUUGAAUGAUGUUCAAUCUGAAGCCAAUUCCUUAAGGAAAUUGUGUAAAGAUUUAGGACGACAAUUAUGCUAUUACUUAAUUCAUUCCAAGAUUAGAGAGAAUGGCGAUGAUAAUCCGCUAACUUCGGUCGAAAGGAAAGCUAUUGAUACCAUUUUGAGUAAGAGUGGGAUUAACAAAGAGGCUGAUUCAAUUUUAAAUGACAAGAAGGCGACGACAUUAAUACAAUCAGAUACCGAUGAGCUUAUAUCCAACAGGUUGGUUGAAUUUUCCAAUAUCAUUGAGCUCGAGCAAAAGAACCAACAAUUAUUGUUGGUAUCACGUCAAUUGGGACAGAAACUUGAGCUGAAGGAAUCUGAAAGAGACAGCAUUGAAUCUGAAGCGAUUGAAGAGGCCAAAGAGGCCAUAAUGACUCUUGAAGGAGAACUUCAGAGUGUUCAAUUGAGAUUAGAAGCUGUAACCAACGAAAGGGAUGCUAUCAAAGAGAUGCAAUCAACCACCAACAAUAAUAGUAGCAACAGUACGACUAAUUACAGUUAUGAAGUCAAACAUCUCAGCCAAAUUAAUGAUGAUUUGAAGAGACGUUUGAAUGAUACAGAAAAGUCAGUUAAAGAGAUUGAAACCCAUUCGAAAAAGACAAUUACUUCACUUAAUGAUAAACUAAGAAGUACUCUUCAAUCGAAAAAUGAUUUGAACCUUCAAUUAUCUAAUAUGAAACAUUCAGUUGAGUUGGCAGAGACAAAACUUGGCGGGAUACAGAAAUUAUUAGACAAUUCCAUGAUUGAGAUUGAACAGUUAAAAAAGGAGUCUUCAUUCUGGAGAACCCAAGCAUCGAAACAAGAGAAGCUCUUUUUGAGUAAGCUGAAUGAGUUACGAGAUGCUGAACAAGCCAAUUCCAUCAAUCAAAUUGCUGUGAAUAGCUUGAAGAAUGAAGUUAACAUGAAGACAUCACUUAUUGAGUCAUAUCUGAACGAUAUUGAUCAAUUACGAAAGGAAAAGAACCAAUUGAAUGAGUUUGUAUUGAAUUUACAAGGACUUUUCAAGCAAAGUGAAUCAUCUACCAAAGAAUUGAGUGAAAGAUUAAACCAUUCAAUUGAAAAUUACCAAAACUUGCAACAGAAAUUGGCAGACAGAGAAGAGAAACUCCUAUUAAUCUCUAAUCAAUCUGAGAUGGCAUGGAAGGCUCAGAACACCAAGUUAGAGCAAGUGAAUGAGUUGAGUCAGAUUUUAUUGGAUACCAAGGUCAAUUUGAAGAAGAAGGACGAAGAAAUUGUUCUGUUGAAUGAACAAAUCAAUGAUUUAUAUGCUCAAAUCCACGCAUCUAAAAAUAGGUUUAUUACGUCAUCUUCAUCUUCAAAUGAUAGUGAUAAGACUCGAUUAUUGGUUGAGUUGGAACAAUUGAAGGAAGAAUUGACUGUGGCGGAAACCCAAGCCAAUGAAAUGACAACUAUAGCCAAAUCAGCUGAAAGUGCACUUUCAAAUGCCACCAAAACCUUUGAAGCAUAUCGAUUAGAGAACGACUCCAAGUACCAGGCGUUGCUUCGAGAAAAGGUGCUGCUUGAAGACGAAAUAAAUGAGCUCAAGCAAGACAAGCAAGCAAAGACAGAGGAAUUGCAACUGGCAAACGCCAAGUUUACGGAAGAAAUGGCCAAACUCCGGGUCGAUUUGGAUUCAGCCAAUCAGAAAGCUUUGGCCUAUGACCUGUUGAAGAAAGAGACGGAAGCCAGAUUUGUAUCUUUGAAUAGAGAGUUGGAACUACAAGCCCGAAUUGUUCAAGAGGCUCAAUCCAAGUACCAAAAGGAGUUAGAAGUUAAGCAAGAUUUGAACGAGAAGGUAGGAGAAUUGCAUGACACCAUAAGUGAGAGCCAAGCCACCAUUGCAAAGUUGACAGAUGAACUUGGUCAACAGAAGAUGAUGUUAGUGUCUAAGGAAGAGGAAUUAGUACAAGAGAAUGAGAUGAUCAAGAAGGAAUUGGAUACUGUUCAUCAGCAAUUGAAUGAUUUCAAGCAACAGAACGUCAUCUUAAUGAACCAAUUAGAUGUCGGGAAGCGUGACCAUGUUGGUGACAACUAUAUCGACAACGACGACAACGACAAAGAUUUGAGACAAGUGAUUGCAUAUUUAAGGUCUGAAUGUCAAAGCUCUGAAGCCAAGGCCAUUACUGCCAAUGAAGAAAAGGUUAAGUUGACUCAACGAGUUCACCAAUUACUGUCGGAUUUGGAAGUAGCUCAAAGUGAGUUGACCAGACUUCAACAUUCCCAGAUCAAUAACGGUGAUGAUCUUGCUCAGCAACAUGAUAAGCUUAAAGAGCAAAUAGAGCAAUUGAACAUCUUGAGAGAGAGUAACAUGACUUUAAGAAACGAGAAUGUCGCAAGCUUACAUAAGAUCGAGACGUGGGAAGCGCAAGCCAAACGGUUGGAACAAGAGUUACGACCACUACAAGAGGAAAUACGCAAGUUGAGGAUGGAUAUAUCCGUCAAAGAUCAACAAGUGUCGUUACUUACCGAAGAAAAUGAACGGUUGAAAGGAAGAUUGAACGAUGCAGCACAAUCACAGGCUCAAGUUCAAGCUGAAGUGGUUCAAGCGCAAACUCCCGUUCAACAUGUGGGUGAAACCGAGGGUUCACCACCGCCCAAUAACGAACAGGAAUAUGAGCUUUUGAAGCAAAAGUAUAACAAUAUCCGAGACAAGGCCAAUGCUAAGCUUCAAGCACAGAAUGAACGGAUCAAAUCAUUGAGUGAAUCUAUAACUAAAUUGAAGGAGGAGUUGGAAGCUAAAGAGGAGCUCCAGAAUAGUCACGUGUCAGAGAUUCAGCAAUUAAAGUCGGAAUUAGAGGCUAAAAUAGAGAGUCACGUGACCGAAGUGGAUCAAUUGAAAUCGGAACUAGAGACAAAAGCAGAAAGUCACUUGACCGAAGUGCAGCAAUUGAAAUCGGAGUUGCAGGCUAAAGAUGAACAUGGAAAGGAAAACGAGGUUCAAUUGAAGCAAUUGCAAGAUGAAGUCGGAAUUAAGAUCACUCAAGCCAAAGAGGAAACAAGGAAACAAACCGAGAAGCUUUAUGAUAUGAAGAUGAAGAUGUUGAAUAAGAAGUUAGAAAGAAUCGAAGCAGCAAAUACAAAGACAAGCACAGCCGCUGAUACUACUCCUGCUGCUGCGCCUGCUGAUGAGGACUCUAACGAAGGUACGGCUUUUGGAUCUUCUUUCAAACGAAGAUCAUCUUCAUCAUCACCAGAUCCAAAGAAGCCCCAUACGUAA